AUGCCUCCUCCGAAUAUCAAGCGGCUGAUCUUAACUACUGCGGUGGUUUCUAUCACUAUCACUGGCACUCUUUAUGGAGCUGGUCUCAAAACAAAUCAAGAAAUUGCUGAGAUUGCAAAGCAGCGACAAGAAUCGACGUUUGAUGAGCAAAUUAAAGCCCUCCAGGGUAUGCGCUCCAACUUGAUCGCUCGGAAAGGCAUACUCGAGAACCAGAUACGAGACUUGGAUACAAGGAUGCUAGGGAAACAGCUGAAAGGCGUCAGUGGUGGUGAUCAAGAUCAACCAAGCGGAGGACAAUGA